CGCUUGACUACGGAUCAAGAGAUUGCAGGUUCGAGUCCUGCGUAGGUCAUUCUUUUUGCUUUUUUCCCAUUCUUCGGCUAGAUGGAUGGUUGUGGGUCUCGCUUGGCUGGCCCCAUUUUGCGCCUUUGGACCUUUCCCACCGGCGCUGAACGGUGCUCUUUCUUAGCGCUAUUGUCCCGCACUAUGUUCGCUGCUUCGGACACUUUCAGGCAAAAGACAUUCUUAUGGAGGCAUUCAUUAAUCCAUUCAACUCACUCAGUGCUCUGUAGGACAGAAAUCUCGUCCAGAGAUAUGCAAGAAGCCAUUAUCGACACUGAAGUCUCCUACCACAGAUAAUAGCAACUACUCAAGCCAAUGGCUUGACUACAAGUCAACAGGGAAAAAAAAAAGAAAGCAGAAAAUGAACUAUCAACAGGCGUGAUUCAAUUAACUAUGGCAGACUGGCCUGGAUCCUCUCUCGAUAUCUCAAUAAGAUAGACAGUGGGCAAAGAAC